AGCUGCCACUGCCGGCAGAUUUUAGGUAACGCUGUCGCCUGGUUCCCGCUGCCGAACCAUGAUUUUCACGAGGAAAACACUGAAAUUGUUAAAUUACCGCCUGAAAAGCAUUGCCGUCGCCCGCCUAAGUGCCCAUCGAUGCCUCCAGAGCAGCGCCAGCGGAGAAGUGCCCUCCGUGGAGGUGAAGUUCAGCAAUGGACGUAACAUGAGCAUCAGCUCGGGGAAGCUGGCGCGCUUUGCCAAUGGCACUGCCGUCUGCCAGAUGGGAGACACCGCCGUGAUGGUGACAGCGGUGGCCAAGCCGAAGCCCACUCCCGGCCAGAACUUUAUGCCACUGGUGGUGGACUAUCGCCUGAAGAAUGCCGCCUCGGGGCGCAUUCCAAUGAACUUUAUGCGCCGCGAGCUGGGUCCCUCCGAGAAGGAGAUCCUGUCGGCCCGCCUGAUCGAUCGCUCGCUGCGGCCGCUGUUCAACAAAGACUACCGCACGGAGACGCAGCUGGUGUGCAACAUGCUGGCCAUGGACGCGGUGCACUCGCCCGACAUUCUAGCCAUCAAUGCCGCCUCCAUGGCUCUGUCCCUGAGUGAUAUUCCCUGGAAUGGACCGAUUGGAGCUGUGCGGGUUGGCCUUUCCGACGGCGAGGUGCUGAUCAAUCCCACCCGCCGGGAGCUGCAGUCCUCGCAGCUGGACCUCGUGGUGUCGGCCACCAAACAGAACCUCGUCGUGAUGCUCGAAGGCAAGGGCAAUGUUGUGCUGAUGCAGGACCUCCUGAAGGCCAUAAAGCAGGGCACGCGGGAGGCACAGUUCAUCAUCCAGGAGAUCGAGCGCCUGCAGAAGGCCUACGGCAGGAAGAAACGCGAAGUGGAGUCCCCGAACCGAGUGGAUCCCGAGCUGCAGGAGGCGGUGCGCAGCAUGUGCGAGAUGCGGCUGCGAGAGAUCUUCCAAGAUGCGAAUCACGACAAGAUCUCGCGCGACAACGCUGUCAACGAGGUGCGCUCGAAUGUGAUCGACAAGGUGUGGUCCUCCUAUCCGGACACCGAGCCAGGGGUGAUCGGCGAGGAGUUCAAUCAGACGUGCCGCUCGAUCUUCCGGGAGCUGAUCUUCGAGCGGAAUUACCGCUGCGAUGGCAGGGACUACGACACGCUGCGGAACAUCUCCUGCCAGGUGGACAUGUACAAGCCGCUGCACGGCUCGGCCUUGUUCCAGCGCGGACAGACGCAGGUCUUCUGCACCGUGAGCCUGGACUCCCCGGAGAGUGCCAUGAAGCUGGACUCGCUGGCCGCCCUGGACAGUGGCGGCCUCAAGGCCAAGAAUUUCAUGCUCCACUACGAGUUCCCGCCGUACGCCACGGGGGAGGUGGGCAGGAUUGGCCCGCUGGGUCGGAGGGAGCUGGGACACGGCGCCCUGGCGGAGAGAUCUCUGCUGCCCACAUUGCCACACGACUACCCCUUCACGGUGCGCCUCACCUCCGAGGUGCUCGAGUCGAACGGUUCCAGCAGCAUGGCCAGCGUCUGCGGGGGAUCCCUGGCCCUGAUGGAUGCCGGGGUGCCGGUGAGUGCCCCCGCCGCGGGCGUGGCCAUAGGUUUGGUCACCAAGUACGAGAACGACGACACAAAGCACCUGCAGGACUAUCGCAUUCUCACCGACAUCUUGGGCAUCGAGGACUACAUGGGGGACAUGGACAUGAAGGUGGCGGGCACACGCAAGGGAUUCACAGCCAUCCAGGCGGACCUCAAGGUGCCUGGCAUUCCAUUGAAAGUGGUGAUGGAAUCUCUGCAAAAAGCCACCGAUGCCAAGUCCAAGAUACUGGACAUCAUGGCCGAGGCCAUUCGAGAGCCACGGAAAUACCCAAAGGACAGCUGGCCCGUGAGCGAAACCAUCAGCGUGGAGCCGCACCAGCGCUCCCAGUUGAUUGGCCCCAGUGGCCUGCACAUGAAACGCAUCUACCUGGAGACGGGCGCCACCCUCACCGCCGCCGAUGAGAGCCACUUCGCGGUGUUUGCCCCCUCCCAGGCGGCCAUGGACGAGGCCAAGGAGCUCAUCGAGGGAUACAUGGUCAAGGAGCGGAUACCGGACCUCGAGUUCGGGGGAAUAUACACUGCCAAAGUAACCGAGCUGCGGGACACGGGCGUCAUGGUCAUCCUGUAUCCCAGCAUGCCGCCGGCCCUGCUGCACAAUUCGCAGUUGGACCAGCGAAAGAUAGGGCAUCCCUCGGCCCUGGGCCUGGAGGUGGGCCAGGACAUACAGGUCAAGUACUUUGGCCGCGAUCCCGUCUCCGGCUUCAUGCGGCUCUCCCGAAAAGUGCUCCAAGGCCCGGCCCUGGGCAUUCCGCGAUCCCUCAACAAGGCGGCCGGCGAGAAUGGCACGUGAUCCGAAAAUUGUUCAGCUCUUUGGAGUCCUCAGGCAUACGCAACUUUAUUUUGUAGGCUAUAUAAAUUUGUGUUUUUAAAACUUGUACGUAUAUCAAAUAUAUCGUAUAUGUAGAUGACAAAA